GGGCGCGACCGGCCGGCUGCCGCGAGUUGGCGGUGGCAGCUGGAGUCAGUAGCGGCCCCGGGACUUCAGGUCCCCGCGUGGACACUUCACAGGAUCCCUCAGGAAACCUCUCUGACUCUACAAGACAGAGGCAGCCAUAUCCUCUGAAGGCUCUGUGGGCUCCAACAAGUAACCUGGCUUCCACAUCAGGCCACCAUGAGGAGCCCUUUGGAGUAGCUGUGACUUCUGGGAGGAUCAGCCGGUCUGGUUCGAACCCUCCUGGCUGGACCUCUGCUGGCAGGAACCAUGGCGGAGGGCAGGGACGCUGCCUUGUCAGUGGCCGAGUGGCUGCGGGCGCUGCACCUGGAGCAGUAUACUGGGCUCUUUGAGCAGCACGGACUGGUGUGGGCCACUGAGUGCCAAGGCCUCAGCGAUGCCCGCCUGAUGGACAUGGGCAUGCUACUCCCGGGACACCGCCGCCGCAUCUUGGCUGGCCUGCUCCGUGCCCAUGCACCUCCAGCUCCUGCACCCCGCCCUACACCACGACCUGUGCCCAUGAAGCGCCACGUCUUCCGUUCACCGCCCGUGUCCACCACUCCACCUGAGUCACUGCCCACAGCUGGGCAGGAUGAGGUGCCACCUGCUGCCCCGCCCAUCCCACCCCGCAAGAGCUGCCUUCCGCCGGCCUGCUUUGCCACCCCAUCCGCAGCUGCCCCAGACCCUGUGCUGCCCCCAUUGCCUGCCAAGCGACAUUUGGUGGAGCUGAGCAUUCCUCCAGUGCCUCCUCGCACAGGAGCCCCCCGCCUGCUGGUGAGCCUUCCCUCCAAGGAGGAAUUGUUGCCACCAGUGUCAUCCCAUCCACAGCCAGAGCCAGAGAAGCCUGCAUCCACCGUCCCCCAGGGGCCUCCCUGCCCCCCAGAGAUCCCUCCGAAGCCUCCCCGCCAGCCACCGGAGUUUGAUGACUCGGACUAUGAUGAAAUCCCAGAGGAGGGGCCUAGGGCCCCGGCCAGAGUGAUGACCAAGAAGGAGGAGCCCCCACCACGCCAAGUCCCACGGGCCGUGCGCGUGGCCAGUCUGCUGAGUGAGGGGGAGGAACUGUCUGGGGACGAGGAGGAUGAGGAUGACCACGCCUACGAGGGUGUCCCCAAUGGUGGAUGGCACACCAGUGGCCUGAUCUCACCCUUGCCCAGCCUGACGCCUGAGCUCCCACCACAACCCAUGGAGGAGCUGCCUGGGGGCUCCAGCCCCAUUACACCGGUCAUCAAGGCUGGCUGGCUGGACAAGAACCCACCACAGGGAUCUUAUAUCUAUCAGAAGCGAUGGGUGAGAUUGGAUGCUGAUCACCUGCGAUAUUUUGACAGUAACAAGGAUGCCUACUCUAAGCGCUUCAUCUCUGUGGCCUGCAUCUCCCGUGUGACUGCCAUUGGGGACCAGAAGUUUGAAGUGAUCACUAACAACCGGACUUUUGCUUUCCGGGCAGAGAGUGAUGUGGAGCGGCAGGAGUGGAUGCAGGCCCUGCAACAGGCAGUGGCUGAGCAGCGUGCUCGGGCCCGGCCGGCUGGUGCUUAUCUGUUGGGAGUUCGAGGCUCAGAGCAGCCAGAGCAUGCUGGCAGCCUGGAGUUGCGUGGCUUUAAAAAUAAGCUAUAUGUGACCGUGGUCGGUGACAAAGUGCAGCUCUAUAAGAAUCUGGAGGAAUACCACCUGGGCAUCGGCAUCACCUUCAUCGACAUGAGUGUGGGAAACGUGAAGGACUUGGAUCGGCGCAGCUUUGACCUCACCACGCCCUACCGCAUCUUCAGCUUCUCGGCCGAGUCAGAGCUAGAGAAGGAGCAGUGGCUGGAGGCCAUGCAGGGAGCCAUUGCUGAGGCUCUGUCCACCUCGGAAGUGACUGAGCGCAUCUGGGCCGCAGCCCCCAACAGGUUCUGUGCUGACUGCGGGGCUGCACAGCCCGACUGGGCCUCCAUCAACCUCUGCGUCGUCAUCUGCAAGCGCUGUGCAGGGGAGCACCGGGGCCUGGGCGCUGGAGUCUCCAAGGUGCGGAGCCUGAAGAUGGACAGGAAGGUGUGGACAGAAACACUCAUCGAGCUCUUCUUACAGCUGGGCAAUGGUGCUGGGAACCGCUUCUGGGCAGCCAAUGUGCCCCCCAGCGAGGCCCUGCAGCCCAGCAGCAGCCCCGUUGCCCGGCGGCACCACCUGGAGGCCAAGUACAGGGAGGGCAAAUACCGCCGCUACCACCCGCUCUUUGGCAACCAGGAGGAGCUGGACAAGGCCCUGUGUGCUGCAGUCACCACCACAGAUCUGGCAGAGACCCAGGCACUUCUGGGCUGUGGGGCUGGGGUCAGCUGCUUCUCAGGGGACCCGCAGGCCCCCACGCCCCUGGCUCUCGCCGAGCAGGCUGGGCAAACACUGCAGAUGGAGUUCCUUCGGAACAACCAGAACACGGAGGUCCCACGACUGGACUCGAUGAAACCCCUGGAAAAGCACUACUCAGUUGUCCUGCCAACCGUGAGCCACAGCGGCUUCCUCUACAAGACUGCUUCUGCUGGCAAGCUGCUUCAGGAUCGUCGUGCCCGGGAAGAAUUUAGUCGACGCUGGUGUGUCCUUAGUGACGGGGUCCUGAGCUACUAUGAGAAUGAGCGCACAGUGACACCCAACGGGGAGAUUCGGGCCAGUGAGAUUGUGUGCCUGGCAGUGCCCCCUCCUGACACUCAUGGCUUUGAGCACACCUUUGAGGUAUACACAGAGGGAGAACGUCUGUACCUUUUUGGGCUGGAGAGUGCGGAGCUGGCUCAUGAAUGGGUCAAGUGCAUUGCCAAGGCAUUCGUGUCUCCCUUGGCUGAGGAUCUGCUGACCCGGGAUUUUGAGCGGCUUGGGCGGCUGCCCUACAAAGCUGGUUUGAGCCUCCAGCGUGCCCAGGAAGGCUGGUUUGCCCUCACUGGCUCUGAGCUCCGUGCUGUCUUUCCAGAGGGACCCUGUGAAGAGCCACUGCAGCUACGGAGACUGCAGGAACUUUCCAUCCAAGGUGACAGUGAGAACCAGGUGCUGGUGCUGGUGGAGCGAAGGAGGACCUUAUACAUCCAAGGAGAGCGGCGGCUGGACUUCACAGGUUGGCUGGGGGCCAUCCAGAAAGCAGCAGCCAGCUUGGGGGACACACUGUCUGAGCAGCAGCUUGGGGACUCCGACAUCCCUGUGAUUGUUUACCGUUGUGUGGACUAUAUCACGCAGUGUGGCUUGACCUCUGAGGGCAUCUAUCGCAAGUGUGGCCAGACAUCAAAGACGCAGCGGCUACUGGAGAGCCUGCGGCAGGAUGCGCGCUCUGUGCAUCUCAAGGAGGGUGAACAGCACGUGGAUGAUGUCUCCUCUGCACUCAAACGCUUCCUACGUGACCUGCCGGAUGGGCUCUUCACUCGCGCCCAACGGCUGGCCUGGCUAGAGGCCUCGGAGAUUGAGGAUGAGGAAGAGAAACUUUCCAGGUACCGAGAGCUUCUGGUGCAUCUGCCUCCUGUCAACCGGGCCACCGUGAAAGCCCUUAUCAGCCACCUGUACUGUGUCCAGUGCUUCUCAGACACGAACCAGAUGAACACACACAACCUGGCUAUUGUGUUUGGGCCUACACUCUUCCAGACAGAUGGGCAGGACUACAAAGCUGGCCGGGUGGUGGAAGACCUUAUUAGCCAUUACGUGGUGGUGUUUAGUGUGGACGAGGAGGAGCUGAGGAAGCAAAGAGAGGAGGUCACUGCCAUUGUGAAGAUGAGAGUGGCUGGCACUGCCAGUGGGACUCAGCAUGCCGGUGACUUCAUCUGCACAGUGUACCUGGAGGAGAAGAAGGCAGAAACAGAGCAGCAUGUCAAGAUCCCUGCAUCCAUGACAGCUGAGGAGCUUACCCUGGAGAUCCUGGACCGCCGGAAUGUGGGCAUCAGGGAGAAGGACUACUGGACUUGCUUUGAAGUCAGUGAGAAGGAGGAGGCAGAGCGGCCCCUGCACUUUGCUGAAAAGGUGCUUCCAAUCCUGCACAGCCUGGGCACAGACAGCCAUCUGGUAGUGAAGAAGCACCAGGCCAUGGAGGCCAUGCUGCUGUACCUGGCCAGCCGUGUGGGUGACACCAAGCAUGGCAUGAUGAAGUUCCGCGAGGACCGUAGCCUCCUGGGUCUGGGGCUGCCCUCAGGCGGCUUCCACGAUCGCUACUUCAUCCUCAACAGCAGCUGCCUGCGGCUCUACAAGGAGGUUCGGAGCCAGAGGCCGUGGAGCGGGGCCCCUGAGACCAGUCACCGGCCUGAGAAGGAGUGGCCUGUCAAGAGUCUUAAAGUCUACCUGGGUGUGAAGAAGAAACUCCGGCCACCCACCUGCUGGGGCUUCACAGUGGUGCACGAGACAGAGAAACAUGAGAAGCAGCAAUGGUACCUCUGCUGUGACACACAGAUGGAGCUCCGGGAGUGGUUUGCCACCUUCUUUUUUGUGCAGCAUGAUGGCCUGGUGUGGCCCUCAGAGCCCUCGCGUGUGUCCCGGUCAGCCCCUGAGGUCCGGCUUGGCAGCAUAUCACUGAUCCCCUUGCGUGGCAGUGAAAAUGAAAUGCGUCGGAGUGUAGCAGCCUUUGCUGCUGACCCCCUUUCUCUCCUCCGCAAUGUCUGAGCACUCAACCAGCCUGGCUGUGGGACUGACUCUGCUGCCUCAACUGCGACCGGGAAGCCUUCCUGUCCAGACACCCUCAUGCCCUGCAUUCCUGGUGUGAGCCAGCAGGGGGCGCAUGAGGAAGCUGUACUCCACAUCCCACAUCCUGACCACAGCAUGAGGCUUCCUGGCAGGGAUGCGGGGAUUUGGGGUCUGCCCAGGGAGGGACACUUCUGGCUCUUCAGGUGUGCAGCCCUCCUGGCCUAGUUUUCUCACCCACUCUGAGUUUGUGGGGUUGGAGAGAUGGGCAGAACCAGGAAUUCUGGAGGACAUCAACCUUUCAGAGUCUGGAGGCCCUGGGCCCCCGCUGGAAGGGAGCCUACCCCUUUGUACAGACUCCAGAGCCUUAGGAAGUGGGGCCUUAAAGGAGCACUCAGCCAGGCAGGAAGGGAACUCUUAGGGAAGUUUCUACAGGACUGAGAGCUGAACUUUGGGAACUUUAGCCCCACUUCCAGUCUGGGCUUCCCCACUUUGGGGUUUUUUUGAUAAUAUAAAUAUAUCUGUAUAUUUUA